AUGGAAAAGGAGCAGGCGGGAACACCCGCCCGGGACCCAGCGAUGGGUCAAAUAUUGGAGCGACUUGGACGUAUUGAGGCUGGAAUCGCGAAAGACCGCGGUCGCCCAGCCGUGGCCCUAACCACCAAGGCACCAACCUGGAGCGAGAUCGCCGCAGGAGGGAAGACCAAAGCGGUCGUUGAAGUGCGUCUCUCUGAAAUGGCAGGGGCCGUAGAAGAGACGACGGAAGAGAAACUACAGAGAAUCAAGAAGGUAAUCCCAGACGCGAAAGCGCUUAUCCCACACCACAGGGCAGCUGGUAAAAUAUCUGUCGUGGUUCUCACGACUACCCGACGGGACCAGAUUAUCGCUACUGGAAUCGCUGGGGAUGACGGCGUCAAGCUGAUCCGUCGUCCCAAACUACUCAUGGUAAUGGGUAUCCCGAUUAACACACAGAUCACAACCGGUGAAAGUGAGGGGAACACCGAAUGGGCGAGACAGAUGUCGAACCAAAACACUGUCAAAAUUGAACGAGUCUCCUGGCUCUACAAAAAAGAGAAGCUGGCGGCCAUCCGGAAGGCGGGAUCCCAGACGAAGGGAUUAGUUAUUAUCGAGUGCUUCCGAUGCUGGAAAUGGGGCCACACGCAGUCCGUUUGUAACGCGGAUAGUGACACCUGUGGGCGCUGCGCAAAACAGCACCCUACAAGGGGAUGUAUAAUACAAGACCUUCAAGAGGCAAGGUGCGCAGGGUGCAAGGAACCGGGGCACUUUGCCUGGAUGACCAGAAGUUGUGCGGCAUAUAAAUCCUUCGCAGUUGGCCAGCGAGCCACAGAAAACCGCCUCAAUGAGGCUACCGUCGCUGUCCAAAGCCAAAACCAAAACCUAAACGUCACAACCCACCAGGUCCGCCACGUCGACGAGGGAUACACCCUCGUUGAGCACUCCCAGAAGCGGAAGAGGGCAGGACCUGGGAGGCCCUCAGGAACCACGGUGGCUGCCCGAGCCCCAGGGUAG